AUGGCUGGAUUGAAAAAACUUUUAAAUAAGAAAAAGUAUGUCCUCUCCAUGUUUCCCUAUCCGAGUGGUAAUUUGCACAUGGGACAUGUUAGAGUGUACACAAUUUCGGACCUCAUUGCUAGGACUCAUAAAAUGUUAGGGUACAAUGUUAUUCAUCCAUUUGGUUUUGAUGCCUUUGGAUUACCUGCAGAGAAUGCUGCCAUUGAGAGAGGUGUUUCUCCAGCAGAUUGGACUCACAAGAAUAUUGCUCACAUGAAGGAACAAAUUAAAGCCUUGGAUUUUGAUUUUGAUUGGGAGAGAGAAGUGAUAACUUGCAAUCCGGAAUAUUACAAGUGGACACAAUGGCUUUUCCUUCAACUCCACAAGAAGGGAUUAGCCUAUCAACAAGAAGCUUUGGUAAAUUGGGAUCCGAUUGAUAAUACUGUAUUGGCCAAUGAACAAGUUGAUAGUCAGGGAAGAUCUUGGAGAUCUGGUGCUUUGGUGGAGAGAAAGAAUUUGAGACAAUGGUUUUUCAAAAUUAGAGAAUUUGCAAACGAAUUAUUGGAAGAUGCUGAUACUUUGGAAAAUUGGCCAAUUAAUGUUAGAACAAUGCAAAAACAAUGGAUUGGAAAAUCGGAAGGAGCUGAAUUUUCUUUUGAAACAACUAGUGGAAGUAAGAUUACUGUCUUUACAACAAGACCAGACACAAUUUAUGGUGUCACUUAUUUAGCUGUUGCUCCAGAAAAUGAUAAAUUAAUUGCUGCAAUGGUUCCAGAAUCGGAUAAAUCUAGAGUUGAUGCUUUUAUUAAGCGUCUUUCAUCAUUGACAAGUGUGAAGAGAAAUGAAGUUGCCAGCAACUCAAAAGAAGGUUGUUAUACUGGUGUUGAUGCUAUUCAUCCAAUCACCAAAGAACGUAUUCCAAUUUAUAUUGCCGAUUAUGUCAUUGCUGACUUUGCUGAGGGAUGUGUUAUGGGAGUCCCAGCUCACGAUACCAGAGAUUUUGAAUUUGCUCAAAAACACUCCAUCCAAGUUAAGAGAGUAAUCAAACCACUCGAUGAUAUUGUCGAUGAAAAUCAAUGCUACACUGAAAAGAAUGGUAUUCUCGUUAAUUCUGCACAAUUUAAUGGUAUGAAAAUUGCUGAAGCUACACCAAAAAUUAUUCAAUUUGCUAAAGAACAAGGUUUUGGUGGGCCAUCUGUCCAAUUCAAAUUGAGAGAUUGGUUAGUUUCAAGACAAAGAUACUGGGGUGCACCAAUUCCAAUCAUUCAUUGUCCUCAAUGUGGACCUGUUCCAGUUCCUGAAAAGGACUUGCCAGUUCUUUUGCCAACAAAUAUUGAAUUUACUGGUAAGGGACCAUCUCCAUUGGCCAAAGUUGAAGAUUGGAUUAAUGUCAAAUGUCCAUGUGGAAAGGGUAUCGAUUGUAAACGUGAUACUGAUACUAUGGAUACCUUUGUUGAUUCAUCUUGGUAUUUCCACAGAUAUACCGAUGCCAAGAAUGAUAAGGAGGCAUUUAGUGUAGAAAAAUCCGAUAAGGAAAUGAAUGUAGAUAUCUAUAUUGGAGGUAUUGAACAUGCCAUUCUUCACUUGCUCUAUUCUAGAUUCAUUCACAAAUUCCUCCACAGUGAAGGAUAUAUGAAACAUAAGGAACCAUUUGAUACUCUCCUCACUCAAGGAAUGGUCCAAGGUGAAACAUUCAAAGAUUUGGAUAACAAUAAGUAUUACAAACCAGAAGAAAUGACAAGAUUGGAAGAUGGCACAGUUGUAGAUAAGAAUACUCUCAAACCAUUGACAAGCGUUUGGGAAAAGAUGUCCAAAUCCAAAUAUAAUGGUGUAGAUCCAGAAGCUGUUGUGAAAGAAUUUGGUUCAGAUACUGUUCGUCUCUACAUUCUAUUCAAAGCUCCAUAUGAUAAGGAGUUGAUGUGGGAACAAAAUCAAAUUUUGGGGCAACAAAGAUUCCUUGCUCGU